AUGGAUGAUGAUUGUAAAGAUUAUAAAAAAGUGAAACGUCAACAAAAACUUUAUAAACCAGGUAGUGGACCUCUGAGACGAUCUAGGUAUGGUUUGGAUGCUAAAAUGGAUUCUUACGAUAUAGAUAACGGCUCGAAAGAAAGAGAACCUCAUUACGGAUCUCAGCACUCUGUUAAUGGUGACGAUGUCAAUGUCACAUGUAGAGAGGUAGCAAACCAUCGAAACAGAAAGCCAGAACAACAGCUUUAUGUGCCCAGGACAGGGGAUUCGUACUCAGAUAUUGACAAGCAAUCUAAAACAUCUUAUAAAUGUGAUAAUUCUAGUCAAUAUAAUAAAAGACGAAUAACAACUGGCAAACAGGAUAAUCAUACUUCUAUCGGUAAUUCAGGGUCUUAUUCGAGAGAUUCAUCCGAGAAAGAUUCGCAUUAUAAAGAUGUAAGUUGUAACGAUAUUAACUAUAAUAGGCAUUACAGACAAGGCUCAGAACCAAGAUCAGCAUCACCAAGUCAAAAUUUAGACCAAAAAUCUCUAGACAGAAAUAGAGACAGUAGGAGUAUGGAGACUUGGGCAGGACGACACAAAUCUGGUUCUGGUGGGAAGCCUCCUUCGGGGAGAAGAAAUUCAGCCGGAUUUCCUUCUGACUCACGACCUAAACACAUCAAUUUAGAUAAUAUACCACCUAGAUUUAGAAAAAAAUAUUUAGAACAAUCUGGUCAUCAAAGUUUUGAAAGUGUAGACCAAUUGAGUAAUAAAGAUCGUUACAGCAAUAAUGACAUGAGCCACACAUCAUAUGGUUCUGGGCCAUUUUAUAGCUCUAAUAACACAAACUGGUCGCACACCUUACCAUCCAGAGGAAGAGGCCGUUUAAAAGAAAAUGAAAAUUUUGAUAGAGAGAAAUUUAUCAAUUCAUAUUUAAAAAACUAUGAAGUGCAAACUUCAAGAAGAUCUACUCCGAGUAAUUCGUAUAUGAAUUUAUAUGAAACAGUUUCAUUAGAUAAGAGUGCCUGUGACAAAUCUGACUCUCUAAACAGUGAUUAUCAAAAUAAAAAAAAUUCAAAUGAUAGGGGUUCAAAAAAUGGUCUUAAUGAAAAUGAUCAAAGAUGUAAUCAUACUGAUUCAGAUGAUAAACAGGUAGAAGAGAGUAGUGAAAAUCAUAAUGAUAGUGAAUCUAUCUCUCAGUUAUCUACAAACCUAUCAGAUAUGACUAAUUUGGAUUGGACUGAAGAGGUUGAAAAGAAUAUAAAACUAGAUGAUCUCUGUGAUUCCUCUGCUUCGUUUUCUCAAAAUAUGAAAAAUUCAAAUUCAAAUUAUCAAGAAAACAAAUCAGUUGAAACACGUGAUUCAAAAAGAAAUGGCAGAUCUCGUCGUAGAGACAGAAGGAGUUCUAGUAGAGGGAAUAGAAAUUCGGAAAAGAAAGAAAGGAAUAGAAAAGAUAGCAAUGUUAGUAUACAGUACGAAUCUGAACGCAGCAGAAAAGAUAGUAAUGUCAGUAUACAUCAUGAGGCAAUACCAUAUGGUCUUAAACAAAGAGAAAGAGAGAGACGUGAUAGUCAUAGAAGCAAUCGGUCCUCUACAAUUGGGAAUAGCAGGGAUGAUUUAGACCGAUGGAGAUCUCUGCGAUCUUACAGCCGGGAACAGAGUUCUGAAAGGAUGAUAGUGUCACAAUGUAAUAGUCGAGACACGUCAACAAAUAGAGGCACAAGUCCAAAGGACAUUGAUGGUUUCAGAAUUCCUUCAACAACCAGUAAAUCUGCCACUUGGUCUUUAGCAAAUCAGAAGAAUAACGCGGCGUAUAAUGGAGGACGCGCGGCUAGCACGGAGAGGAAGCGAUCGCCUACGCCGACGACGGCCAGCGGGGAGGCGGGGGGCGGGGCGGGCGCGGGUGGCGCGGCGGCGGGCGGCAGGCGGGGCCGCAAGCGCGCGGGCCGGCGCCGCCGCAACGCGGACAGCGUGCAGCCGCCCGCGCCGCACCCGCCCGGCGCCACGCCCGCGCCCACCAACGUCAACUGGCGCGACGAGAUCAUCGAGGCCAAGAAGCACCACGCCGCCGAUAGUAGAGGUACAGACAAUCAGCGCAACAGAUUAAACAGUGCCCUCUCGGAAAAAUCUACGACAGAAUCAACAUCACAUCCAGGCUUGAUUAUUUUACCGCAAAGCUCUAUUACUCAUAUGCAAAAAGAUCAAGGACGCGGUGGAUCUUCAGAGACUCAAAAAACUUUGUUCGACCAUCACAACCCUUCAAAACCAAUAAUAGUACAAACGAGUCCUACUAAACAUGACAUUAGAAUGGAAAGAGGCGCGAAGGAGGGCCGCGCGGGCUACGAGGCGGGCGACGCGACGCGCGGCGCGCGCCACGUGGCGCUGCUGCAGAAGGUGGACCGCGCCGACGCCAUCCUCAAGAUGCACACGCUCCGCGGCCCGCGCGCGCUCGCCAGCGACUGGCCGGACGUCGUCGAGACCAGGAAGUUUCUACAAAGUGCUCUUCAAAAAUUAUUGGUGUCGGAUCUUAAAUAUUGCCAAGCUGAUAACAUUGAGCACCAGUUCUGGAAAAUUUUAUACUAUCACUUCAUUGAGAAUUUGAGGAAAAGUAUUUCUCAAGCGCCUCCAGAAGAGAAGCAGGAGAUAGUGAAGUUGAUAAAUACCAUCAUAGAGGAGGGAAACGUUUUCUUUGAGAAUCUCGUACAGUUGUUAGAGAAGACUUACAAAUUCAACACAGAAGACUACAUAAACGACAAUCAUGUGUUGCCACCGAAAGGCCUCGGUUACGUCGGCUUAGCUUUGAUAUCAGUCCAAAAACUUUACGUAUUUCUCGGUGACCUAGCUAGAUAUAAGGAACAAGUAAAUGAAACAAAUAAUUAUGCUAAAAGUAAAUUUUGGUAUACAAAAGCUCAAUUAAUAAAUCCUAAGAAUGGUAGACCAUAUAAUCAAUUGGCUAUUUUAGCAAUAUAUGCAAGAAGAAAACUGGAUGCUGUCUAUUAUUAUAUGCGAAGUUUAAUGUCGUCGAAUCCAUUUCAAUCUGCGCGUGAAAGUUUACUGUCCUUAUUCGAAGAAAAUAGAAAAAAGUACGAGGCGGCGGAGCGGAAGCGUCUCGCGGCUGCGGACUCCCUACAGAGCGACAGUGCGAACGCACCUCGCUCAGAGAACGAUGCGGGGGCGGGGCCUGGGCCGGGGGCGGGGCCGGGCGCGGGGCCGGGGGCGGGGCGGCGCGAGGUGUGGCUGAGGCCCGGCGCGCAGAGGGCGCCACCGCCCCGCGUGCCCGACGCGCUCUCCACCAUGACACCCGUCGAGUUAAACAAAAAUUUCAUCACAAGCUAUUUACACGUACAUGGAAAAUUAAUAACAAAAAUCGACAUGGAGAGCUUCCACGCGUGCGCGGCGCACAUGCUGCGCCAGUUCCGCGCGCUGCUGCACCGCCAGCCGCUGCCCACGCCGGCCGCGCGCCUGCUGCAGCUCACCGCGCUCAACAUGUUCGCCGUCGAGACCAACGCUGCCUCGCUCAAAGACAACAAUGGCGGUGAAAGAUCAGCAUGGCUCGAUUGCGCUCUGGGAGUAUCGCUACUCAUGUUCGGGGCAUUGCUGGAACGCUGUUGCGCGUUGUUGCCGGAACCGCAGCACACUCAGCAACAUGCCGACGCGCUCUUGUUAUUACCCGCUAUAAAGGUGUGGUCAGAUUGGAUGUUAUGUCACAGUAGCAUAUGGAAUCCACCACCAUCGUUUGACAAUUUCGAAAUAGACAACGACAACGACCCGUGGGAUUGGCUCGCAAAACUUAUGAACAUUCUCGAAGCCCUCGAUGAUAAAUCUAUCGAAUUCGAAAGCGAAAUGAAAGAAGGCUGCGCGUGCGUGCGCCUGCCGGAGGACGCGUCGCUGGCGGGCUUCACGCCGCUCAUGUACAUGGAGCCGGCGGCGGCGUGGCUGCGGCCCUCCUCCGCGCCGCACAGCGCCGAGCACGCGCUGCGGACUCGGAAGCUGCUGUUCUUCGGCACCGAGUACCUGGUGGGUGUGGAGCCGCCGGUGCUGAAGCUGGAGUACCCCGCGGGCGCUCAGCCUCGCUACGUCAGCGCUGUACAGCGGGCGGCACAGCACCGCGCGCCCGCUCCACCACUGUCGGAGGUAUCGGGAGACGAGGAGGGCGCGGGCGCCCGCAGCGGACCGGCGAGCCCCAACGAGGAGCUGCCCGCGGGCGCGGACGAGGCCACGAGGAAGCUGCUCCGGAGGAAGGAGCUACUCGAAUCUCGCAAAGCGACGCUCGAGCAGCGCCGGCAACGAGUGCAGGAGAUGGUGAGCAGCAGCUGGGCGAGUGUGGAGGUGGAGGUGCGACCUCGCUGGCUGGUGCCCGACACCAACUGCUUCAUCGACCACCUGCCGCUACUGCAGGCCGUGGCGGCGCCCGACCAGCCUUACCAGCUCGCCGUGCCUGUCGUGGUUGUGUCAGAGCUGGAAGGACUGCGGCGGUGCGCGCGCGUGGGCGGCAAUGCUCGCGACGCGCUGGCGUGGCUGACGGGCGGCGGGACGGGCGGCGGGGCGGGCGGCGGGGCGGGCGGCGGGGCGGGCGGCGCGGGGGCGGCCAGCGUGAGGCUGGUGACGACGCGGGGCACGCUGCUGGCGGCGCGCGUGGCCUUCGCGGCCGAGCACGACGUGGCGCGCGGCACCAACGACGACCGCGUGCUGGCCACGGCGCUCAACCUGCACCUCAACCUCUCGGCCAAUACUGCCACCAACACUGCCGCCAACACCACCAACACUGCCGCAGCUGACUCCGCCGAUGCCUCCGUUGACAACGAAUGCAAAUGCGGAAAGCACUACUACGACUUCCGAUGUUUGACUUUUCAGUUGCAACCCCAAAAACUACGCCUGUUUUAAUUGAAAUCUGUUACGGUUUAAUGUUUGUGAUGCGAAUUUGUUACGUCACACGAGUUAGAUUUAGAAUCGAAAUGAAUUUUUCGUCGCCAAUGUUCGUGUUCUGCAGCGAGAAGGCGACGUUCUGAACGUGUCACUUUAGUAUAGGAAUUGAAUAGUUUAAGUAAAAAUAAUACACCAAUAGAGAGAUGUAACAAUAAUAAAUUUGUUAAGAGCUUUAGGAUUCCACCUCCGUGUUCCUGGGCCACAUUUCAUCGUUGGUUUAUAUUUUGGUCUCUUUUUUUUUUGUUAAUUUUAAGCUAUUGAUUAAUUGCAUCUACAAAAUGGUGUCACUGAGCUAUUUUUAUUUACUUUUUAAAUAUGUAUAUUAAGUAUAUUUUUUAAUAUUUUAAAAAUGCUACGUUUAAUAAAUGAAUUGUAUUUCUUUACUACUGUUUAUCUCUUAUUCUUAACUACGUCUAUUAUACCUUGUUAACAACACUAGUAAAAAUUUAGCUAACAAAAUUUCUGCUUACCUUGUUGCUAGCUAUUUUAAAAAUAUAGAGCACCUUAACACACCUAACAUAUUUAUGAAUUUCCGAUUUCCUUUCGUAUAAUUUUAACGCGGCCUCAAUAUGUAUGAUGCCAUUUAAAAAAUUUCACUUUGCUCGGCAAUUUAUAACAUUUUCAAAAUCCAUUUUAUAUUUUUACAAACAUUGAAACGACUGCAGAGUAGAUGAGUUUUAGAAAUAAGAAAUAAACACUGAACAAAGAUAGUCCAUCACGACUUUAUAUCGCACUAUAAAUAUACAUAUACAAACAUAUACUUUGUUAAAUGUUUAAAAUAUACACACUUUUACUAUCUGAUUUUAUUGUGACGAAUUCCAAUGAAAAUUUAAUAUAAUAUCAUAUAUUCUUCUAUUAGUUUGUUUUGCCUAACGCAGAACACGUUUUGAUGGUACACUAAAAUAGGGUUUUAUUUUAGUAGAUAAUGUAAAGUGUUUAUAUUGAAAUGCAGAAUAUAAUGAUUGACUACUAUAUAGAUAAGAGUAUUAUUGUAACAAAUACUUUUUUUUUUUAAUUUUUGAAACAAAUUUGAUGCUGUUACAUUUUUUUUUUGUCUUAAUCAUGAUGUUAAAUAAACAUUGGUACUUGUA